UUUUUUCUUAACCGCUCCACCUUGCCAUCACUGUCUCUCUCUCUCUCUCUCUCUCUUAAAACCAAAAAAAUUACACUAAAAACACACAUGCAGAAAUAAAACCACACAUUGCCUUUGAAUCUUUGAAACCCCCUCAUUCAAAGUUUCAAACAUUUUCUCAUUCUUUUCCAUUUCCACCUUCCAUUUUUUCUCUGUUUUCUCAGUGAGAAAAAAUGGGACAUGACUCUGAUUUCAAAUCCCAGUUGGUCACAGAGAUUUGCUCCAUUUCCACACGCUCCAUUGCCUGCUCUCAUAGGCAUGGCUGCAGCAACAGCCCAGCUAAAUCAUCAUCUUUCAUCGAUUGGUAUCGUCUUCUUCGAGUGCAAGAAAAUGCUGGAAGGGAUGUUAUAAGAAAGAGGUACCAUGAACUUGCUUUGCAACUUCAUCCAGAUAAGAACAAGCAUCCCAAGGCUGAGAUUGCCUUCAAACUUGUCUCAGAGGCAUAUUCAUGUCUCUCUGAUAAUGCAAAAAGAAGAGCUUUUGACUUAGAGAGAUGGAGGAAGUUCUGCUUUGAGUGUGGUACAAUCCCCUACACCACUCACAAAACUUCAAGCAAUGCCAAUGCUUCAGAACACAAGGCUUGUAAUCCCACAAGCUCGUCAAGGUCUUGCAAAGUUGUCAAGGGUCUGAAAGAUAUCAGAAACAGGUUUAGGGAGGAGGCAAGAGUUAUAGAAAACUGUUUGAGGGCCAAUGCAGCUGCUGCACCAAGAAGAGAAUCCUCACUCUUCAGCCCACCUGCUGCUUAUGAUGUGUUUCGGAGCAGGUCCAGCAGAGAAUCCCCCAUCUUCAAUCCAUCUGACCACAAGGUUCAAGGCUAUCCUCAUCUCCGAACUCGAAUUCACAGUAAACCUCAGAACUUUUGGCACCUGCGUACAGGGCAUCAAGUACUGAAUUAUGAACCCGGUAGAGCUACGUAUGAUUCUCCGGUGUUUGAGGUCAGAUCAGAUAGGGCAUUUUUUAAGAGCAGAUCUACUUGUGUCCGUUCAUAACUUUAGAGAAAUAGAUUGUUUCAUUCAUUAAUUGAAAAACAGUGAAGUCAUUUCCUUCUAGGCU